AGGUUCGAUCGUUUAACUUCUGAAAUAUCAAGAAGUACAGUUGAAAACUCAAGCUUAAAGAUACAGGAUAAGGAUAAACACAGUGGAUCGACCAACUCAGGAAACUUGAUUGAAACUUUCGCCUCCUGUGGGGUAUUAAAAACGUCGUUGUAGGAUCACUGACCAAGACGUCUUCUGUCUGAAGCGGAGGGAUUUGUUGCUUAUAAGCUGAAAACACGUCGUGAUCACUUCUUUGAAUUCUUUGUUUACCUUCUAACGCCUUUUUUUGCGGGAAGUUACAGUUUGUAUCGACAAUGCAUUCACCUGUGGAAGCCAAGGCCCUGAUCUUUGAUUGUGAUGGAACUUUACUGAACACUAUGCCCUUACAUUGGAGCGCUUGGUGUGCUAUUUGUAGAGAAACGGGCUUGAGAUUUAAUAAGGAAAGCUUUUACGCGCUCGCGGGAGUUCCGGGUAGAGAAAUUAUCCGCGAACUAGCAAAUCAACAAGGGAUCGUUCUUGAUCCUAUGGAAGUGUACGCACGAAAGAAGGCUUUCUUUCUAAAUGGACUUAAAUCUGUCAGAGCGAUACCCUGUGUUGUUCAAUUUGCCUUGGAAGCAAGGAGAACUGGAAUACCAACCGCUGUAGCGUCUGGUAGCUCACGCGCUCAAGUUGAACAAGGUACGAUGUGGACGAUGGGAAGGUCAAGGGUGAAUCUGUUUUUCGUUUUUCAUAAAUUUUUGGCUCCUGCGCGAGAGGUUACUUCCUAAAAGGAAGUAUUCCUUCAAUUUCUUUCUAGCUUUUCUGUUUAGGAUAUUAUUUGGCGAUAAUUUAAACACAAGCUUUAGGGCGUAUUUACAUGUUUUACAAAGAAUCUGAUAAUUCGAUUCAAUCUCAUUGUUCUUUUCGGGUUCAAAGUCCACGCCGCGAUCAUUGGCUUCUAUCUUUGGAAAGCUGCGGCUGGCUAAUCCAUAAGGAGGGAUUUGAAACAACAUCCCCGAAAGCAGUAAUGUCCAAGGUGUCCAGAGGGAAUCUCCACUCCGCCACAAUUACAAAAGAAUCAUUUUCUGCUAGUCUAUACCUUCACUUACUGAGUCUUUUACUAUGUGAUACAUACCCUCAGGUAGAAAACUGACAGUUAUUUUGUCUAUUUUGGUGAGGGAAUGAGGUGGAAACAAUGAGAAAUUGUUUGAGUGCACUUUCACAGCUUUGCUGCUUACUGGAGCCCUCACUGGCAAAAGCCCCAGCAUUGCAGUUUACUGCAGUACGGUCAACUCUUUCUUAAUGGACACCUCUAUAAAACAGACACCUCACUAAAAUGGACACCUAGAGUUGGUCCGUGCCUUUCUUUACCCCUUUCAAUUCACUCUCUAUAAGAUGGACACCUCUCAAAGAUGGACACAUAGUGCUGGAAAAGGUGUCCGUCUUAUUGAGAGUUGACUGUAGCAGUUUUAUCUAAGGAAGUUUAACUGUGAGGGAGACUACCCCUAUACCCACCCCAGCAAAAACCUGAUACUGGAUAUAGACACUGGAGAAAUCCUUCUCCCAGAUGGAUUUGUCGUUAACCAUAGAGUAUCCAUAUUAUGUAUUUAUGUAUGAUAGUGUUCUGAUGGAAAUUUCGUAGAAGUCCUUGAGGGCUGAAUCACAAAAUCAAAUCGAUUAUACAUUUUAUUUAUACUACCAUUAAUUCAGCCACUUAAGCUAGAAAAAUCCAAUUAGGUUCCAGUUACUUCAUAUCAUCUAAAUUAUGAUCCAUGUGUUUUUGAUUUUGUAUCUCUUACGUACUCAUUUGGAAUUCCUGGUAAAAAUCAAAAAUACUUUUUAAAACAAGCUCAAAAAUGUUGUAUUAUUCUAUAUUAGUGAAUUCUACUUUAUUAAUUUUCUCUGUACAGCAUUGACGGAAACUGGUAUUCGAGACCUGUUUAAUGUAAUUGUUGGAAAUGAAGACUACGAGAAAGCCAAACCCAGUCCGGAUGCCUUUCUGACAGCAGCCAACCAGCUGGGAGUGUUGCCGCAAUUCUGUUGGGCCUUUGAAGACUCGUAAGUAUCUCAAACCAUUAAAAUUAUAGCUUGUGAUAAGAAAACAAAGGGAUGUACCGUCAUUAAAACUUUGAAGAUGGAAAAUCUAAUAACUUUUUUAACCUUAAUAUUUUAUCAUUGAUUUUAUAAUUUUAUCAUUGACCAUUUGAGAAGCUAUUAAUGCUCAAAACAGGGUCUCAUUCAUUAUUACAAAUUGUCUGUGCCUUUUUUCAAGCCACCUCAUUGUGUCUGAUAUCAAUAGUAAAAGCUGCUCUCAAGAGCCUAACAAAAAACAAACACGUACAUAAAUGUACUGCCUAUAAGUAGUAAUAAUAAUAUUAUUUACUCAGUACCCUGAUAAUAUUGCAGACAUUAAGUAUUUGCCAUUAAUAUAUCAGCUAGUUAUUGUUUGCAUUAUUAAUUAAUAAAUCUAUUCAUUUAUUUGAGCAAAUCCCACGUAUUUACAUCCAAGGUAAAGAGUUUAUUUUUUAAAUUGUUUAUCAUACGAUUUAUCUUAUUUUUUUCAGAGACAUUGGCAUAGAGGCAAUAAAAAGAGCUGGUUUUGCCAAAUUUGUAGAUGUACGGCAUUUAGAAGGUUAUCCUGAAGAUGAUAGUAGAUGAUGAUAGUCGACUUCAAUGCAGAAGAUGAGCAUUCUUUGUCAUCUGCAUCAGAUCAAUGUCAAAUUGGACAGAAUACAUGCACAAUGAUGAAGAAGACUACAGAAUGCUGCAUUGUAAAAUGAGGAUAAUCUCCUGGCAUUGAGUUAUGUUAUUUCAGAGAAUACUGCCAUCAGGUUUUUAGCCAGACAUUGAAAACUGGCCGUCCAGAAGGCAUGUUUUCCCAAACAUUAUAAGAGAUCAAGACAUAGUGAAUUUUCCUUGUAUUUCUUUCUAAAGAGGCUGUCCAUAAGAUGGCUGGACACCCUUCUGGCUAAAACCUUGACUGCCAUGCCAGAAGAAAAUGUUCUAAGUAGCUAUCAGUUUUCCUAAUUAGAAUAGAGAAAUAACAACAGUAUCAGAUUUUUAAAAAAAAUACAUUGUAAUGUGGAACACUUGCUAGAUUAUUAGUGUUUUAAACCAGCCAAAUGCUGUCAGUUGGUANUGUUUAUCAUACGAUUUAUCUUAUUUUUUUCAGAGACAUUGGCAUAGAGGCAAUAAAAAGAGCUGGUUUUGCCAAAUUUGUAGAUGUACGGCAUUUAGAAGGUUAUCCUGAAGAUGAUAGUAGAUGAUGAUAGUCGACUUCAAUGCAGAAGAUGAGCAUUCUUUGUCAUCUGCCUCAGAUCAAUGUCAAACUGGACAGAAUACAUGCACAAUGAUGAAGAAGACUACAGAAUGCUGCAUUGUAAAAUGAGGAUAAUCUCCUGGCAUUGAGAUAUGUUAUUUCAGAGAAUACUGCCAUCAGGUUUUUAG